AUGCGAUGCGAAGACUGCGAGUUGGCGCGGAAUCUGUGGCUGUGUUUAGAGUGCGGAACGUUCCAUUGCGGAAGACAGCAGUGGAACGCGACGGAGGAAAUGCCGGGAAAUGGCCACGCGAUCGAGCAUUUCCGGAAAACAGGGCAUUGUCUGGUGGUGAAAAUCGCCUCGAUCCAGGAAAAUCACGCAGAUGUGCAUUGCUACGCGUGCGAUGACGAUCCGGCUUGCAACUACGGCGAUGUGCUGCUGCCGUCCAUCCACUCCGUCCUCACCGCGUUCGGCGUGCUGGCAAACGGGAAGCUUGUCGGUCUACCGAGCUCGCAGCACGAAAAAUCGCUGCUGGAAAUGAAUCUUUUCGUGAACACGGAGUUCGAUUUCUCCAUGAACGAUCCUCAGGGCGAUCCCUACCCGCUUGCAGCCACGCCGUCCGCUUGCGGACUCGACAAUCUCGGAAAUAGUUGCUAUCUGAACGCCAUUCUCCAGUGCCUUCUGCAUCUCCGCUCGGUGAACCGGCUGCUCCAGAACGCUUAUUGGAGCACGCACUUCCAAUACUGCACCAACCCUCUUCCUUCCAGCUGUCUUCUCUGCCAGUUCUCCAAAGUCGCUCAGGAAAUGCGCAACGGCGCGGCAGGGAAGCACGUGCAGCCCAGGCUGCUGAAGCAGGCGAUCGGCGGCGUAGCGCCGGAUUUUAACAACACACAGCAGCAGGAUUGCUUCGAGUUUUUGACGGUGUUUUUGGACGCGUUGGGCGACGCGGCGUGGAUGCGCAGAUUGUUCCGCAUUCCCUUUCAUUACAGCAUGAAGUGCGAAACGUGCGGAGCGCGAUCGAACGGUCCGCAGGACGAAGAAAUCGCGCUGAACGUUCAGAUUGCGGAGCAGAACGAAUCGCUGGCACAGCUGAUAACGGCGAGCUUGGAGGGAGAACAGGUCGAAUUGCAGUGUACUGGCUGCAAUGGAAAAUCGAUGUGGACACGAACGAUGGUGAUCGAUGAAUUCCCCUCGGUGUUGUGUGUUCGAAUCAAUCGGUUCAUUGUCGACCCGCAGACAUUCGCCAUUCGAAAGAAUACUGUUUCCCUCCAUCAUGGUGUUUUGUGUGUAGAGUGCUGUGGAAAUCGAUGA